CUCUCUCUCUUCCAAGCCUGUUUUAAAGUCUCUGCCAGACUUCAGCUCAUGCGCUACUUCCUGGAUGGCGGAAUGGAAAGCUUCCAGAGCCGCUCCAACUCUUUUCUCUGUGUUUUCAGCGUGAUGCAUGGACUACCGUUCCUCUAACAUCUCUCUCUUAAUCCACAAUCCAUGUCCCCCCCUUGACAUGUUUCUCUCCUGGACUACGAGCUCAGCCAUCUGAAAGAGAGAAAGAGAAAAGAAAAACUGUUUCCUUUGGCUUGGUCGAACUUUAAAAGAAAAAUCUCUCCAACAGGACUCACUAAAAGGAGGCGGCCGAAAUACAUUGCGUUCGCAUCGCUUGUUUGUGGGAGUUUUGUCGUUCAGCUGGAGGAUAACUCUGUCAACAGUUGCCUUAUUCCAGAUCUCCAUGUAUACAGUGUGACAUGCGGAGGCUACUGCGACCGCGCUGCUGCUGCUGGUGGAUUCCGCCUCUGCUUUUCUCCUCGCUCCUGCUCCGCUGGGCACAUUGUCAUCCCGCAAUGGCUGAGUGGGAGAAAGCUGAGCAUCAUGACUGGCCGAUUGGUGACAGGCACCGCAGAGCGGCCGAAGAGUCCUACUGGGCCUACUCAGGGACGUACGGACCAGAUACAGGGUGGACGGCAGCUUUUCCUGAGUGUCAGGAGAGAAACCAAUCGCCAAUCAAUAUAGCCGACCAAGACACUAAGGUCUCGAUGGAGUACCAGGAACUCACGUUGGACGGGUUUGAUGUAGAGUCGUCCAACAAGACGUCAAUGAAGAAUACAGGCAAAACUGUGGCCAUCUUCCUGAAGGACGAUUAUUUUGUGAGAGGAGCCGGGCUACCGGGCCGCUUCAAAGCGGAGAAGGUGGAGUUCCACUGGGGCCAGAGCAAUGGUUCUGACGGCUCGGAGCACAGCAUCAAUGGCAGGAGAUUCCCUGUGGAGAUGCAGAUCUUCAUGUAUAACUCGGACGACUUUGACAGUCUCAACACUGCCAUACGGGAGAAGCGAGUAAUUGCGGCCAUGUCUGUCUUCUUUCAGGUGAGAACUCGCUCGUUUCGAAAGCGUCUUCAUGUUCGGCUGCUGAGCUGUGUCAGUGUUAAGUGCUAGCAUUAAAAAGCAUUG